AUGGGCCCACAGGGGAUUCUUGUACCCGGAGAUCUCUUAAUCGGAGGAGUGGUUCCCAUUCACGUGGCCAAACUGUACCCUACGGUGACCUUCCACGAGAUGCCGCCAGCAGAUAUUUGCACAAUGUUUGAAAACUACCAACAGCUCCAGGCCAUGAGAUAUGCAGUGGAAGAAAUCAACCAAAGAUCUGACCUCCUCCCCAACAUCACCUUGGGCUUCUAUGCCUACGACUCUUGUGCUGCUCUACAGAGCGAGAUAAAGGGAACCCUGUGGAUGCUGACUGGAAAGACUGAGGAGGUUCCUAAUUACUGCUGCAGAAAAAGCCCCCCUCUGGCUGCCAUCAUUGGCCACUCAAAGUCUACUUACUCCAUGCUUAUGGCUCAUAUCCUUGGAUUGUACAAAGUCCCACAGAUCAGCUACUUCUCAACCAGUUCUCUUCUGAGUGACAGGACCCAAUUCUCUUCCUUCUUUAGAACCGUCCCCAGUGACGUCUUUCAGUCCAGAGGACUGGCCCAUUUGGUGCUACAUUUUAACUGGACGUGGGUCGGGCUCAUAGCUUCUAAUGAUGAUUAUGGUUAUAAAGGCUUAGAAGUGAUCAAACAGGAGAUAACAAAGGGAGGAGCUUGCGUAGCUUACAUAAUAUAUAUGUCAAGAAACCCAAUGGAUCAAAACAUACAUAACAUUGUGCAGGUUAUCAAAGAGUCAAGUGCCCGUGUGUUGGUGGCCUUUUGUACUGAUGUCUACUUAAUCCCUGUUCUGGAUGAGAUGCUUAAGCAGAACGUAACUGGCAAAAGUUUUAUUGCCAGUGAGGCUUGGUCCAUUUCAAAUGUCUUAUCUGUCCCAAAAUACUCUUCUUUAUUAUCUGGAACAAUCGGCUUUGCUUUUCACAGUUCAACUAUCCCAGGUUUUCAACGUUUUCUGAACUCCAUUAAUCCACUCAACACACCGGGGACAAUGUGGUCGAAAUUUUUCUGGGAAGAAGCUUUCGGCUGCACUUUUUCUAACCAGACAAACUCUUCUGAUAUCGUGAAUGCUCUAGAAAACCCAUGCACAGGAGAUGAAGAUCUAGAAAACCUCCAGAACAGCUAUAACGAUGUUUCCAAUUUAAGAGCUUCUUAUAAUAUCUAUACUGCGGUGUAUGUCAUAGCAAAAGCUCUGGAUGACCUCAACCAUUGCCAAACCUUGGCUGGACCAUUGUUUAACAAAUAUUGUGCAACGUUAGAGAACUUUGAGCCAUGGCAGCUACUCCAUUACCUUAAGAAAGUCCGGGUAAAGCUAAGCAAUGGUCGAGAAGUUUACUUUGAUGAGGAUGGAAAUCCACCAGCUGUAUAUGAUAUAGUAAACUGGCACCCAGGGUCGGAUGGCUCCCUAAGGCAGGUGAAAGUUGGACGCUAUGACACGAUGGAUACUUCAAGAAAUGUAUUUAGCAUCAAUAUUAGUGCAAUAUGGUGGCCAAGCGGGAAUGAGGAGAUACCACUCUCUGUUUGUGGCCAGAGUUGCCCAGAGGGGUUCAGGAAAGCUGCAAGAAGAGGGGAACCAGUGUGCUGCUUUGAGUGCGUUCCAUGUGCCCAAGGAGAGAUCUCCAAUCAGACAGACUCCAUUGAGUGCUGGAAGUGCCCCUGGGACAUGUGGCCCAACAGUAAAAGAGACAGAUGUUUUCCAAAACCCAUUGAGUUCCUUUCCUAUGAUGAUUCUUUAGGAAUCACCCUGGCCGCAAUAAGUGUCUUCUCUUGUGUAGUCCCACUUGCCAUCUUUCGACUUUUUAUUCAUUAUAAAUCCACCCCAAUUGUGAGAGCCAAUAACCAUUUGGUAAGUUGUGUUCUCUUAGUAUCUCUGUCUUUCUGUUUCCUCUGUGCUUUGGCUUUCAUUGGUUACCCCCAACCUGAGAAGUGCCUUCUGCGCCAGGCGGCAUUUGGCCUCGUCUUUACCCUCUGUGUAUCCUGCAUUUUGGCCAAAACUAUUAUUGUUGUUUUUGCCUUCAUGGCCACUAAACCCGGGAGCAGCCUCAAAAAAUGGACAACUCCCCGUGUGCCCUACAUGAUCAUUACCAUCUGCACCUUCAUACAACUCACUUUGUGUGUGAUUUGGUUGACCAUCUCCCCUCCUUUCCCACAAUAUAACAGUGAAGCCAAACCAGGAAUCAUUUUUGUGGAGUGCGAUGAAAACUCUCCAUAUGCUUUUUGGUGCAUGCUGGGAUAUCUUGGAUUUUUAGCCUCUGUCAGUUUCACUGUAGCUUUCCUGGCCAGGAGGCUCCCAGACAACUUCAACGAGGCCAAACUAAUAACAUUCAGCAUGUUGGCUUUCCUCAGUGUGUGGGUGUACUUUAUCCCAGCCUCUCUCAGUGCCCAGGGCAAGUAUACUGUUGCCAUGGAGAUCUUUGCCAUUCUGACUUCCACCUGGGCCCUUGUUAUAUGCAUGUUCCUCCCCAAAUGUUUCGUUAUAUUGUUCAGACCCAACAUGAACUCUAAAGAAAAUCUCAUGGGAAAAGAUAGAAGAAAGGAAAUAAAGAAAAAAAUAAUUUUCUAA